AUGCGUUUCACACUCGCUUUGUCUACUCUGGCCAUGGCCAUCUCCGUUGGAGCCAUCACCGUCACCGAGCCUAAGGAGGGUGCCGAUAUCACUUCCUCCAGCUCUCUGGAUGUGAAGUGGACUUACGUCAACACCGAUGAGACGAGCCUCGACAUCUACCUCGUCAACCAAGCAGUUUACCCUAACGUGAACAAGAAGCUUGCCUCCGACGUCAGCACCUCCGAUGGCUCCUACACCGUGAAUGUCGGCAACAUUCCUUCGGGCCACGGCUACCAGAUUAGCCUGAAGUCCGAUGAAGAACACAACACUGGAAUCCUUGCUCAGUCCAACCAGUUCAACGUGACUGAGUCCGCCAGCAAGUCUACUUCUUCUUCGUCCACCGAAUCCAGCACCUCGUCGUCUACUAAGACUACCACCGCGACCUCCAUGGAUGCCGUGUCCACCACCACCUUCACCUCCACUGGUUCGGACACCACCAUGACUGGUACUUCCACUAUGACUGCCAGCAACGGUGCAAGCACCGCCUCGGGCAUGAUGACCUCUGCUUCUUCCACCGCCAACUCCACUGCCGCUGCUACUGCUACUCCUUCCGCUGGUGCUGGUUUCGCUGUCGCCGCGCACCCCGCUGCUGCUAUCGGCGUUGUCGGUGGCCUUAUGGCUUUCAUGCUGUAA